AUGACUCUGCUUUUACAACAAGGAAGACAUGCGGAGCAUUAUCACAUAUUUCGCGACCAGUUAGAUCAAAUCAAAAUCAAAAGAACUGCUGUCAUCAGACUUGCUAACUUUCCGUCUGAAAUCAGUUUAGGGACAAUUUGUGAAGUUCUUUCAGAUAUUUUGUCUCUGUUCAGUCCUCCGGUUCAUCUAGAGCGAUUGAUAUUAUCUGAUAAUGCCUUGAAAACGCUUCCGAAUGAAUUUGAGUUACUCUGUGGUAUUUAUAUGAGAUACCUUGAUCUCCAUAAUAACAACUUCACUGCCGUGCCUGCAAUAAUAGGUACGUGCUGUCCGCAUCUAGAGGGCCUUGAUCUUUCUCUGAAUCACUUGAGCUCGCUUCCAUGGUCCGUGUUCUGCAACUUGCUGGAUCUAAAGGUAUUACUGAUUAAGAACAAUGAAUUCAACUACUUACCACCUCUACUUGGUGAAAUGAUUAACCUCGACGCCAUAGGGGUGGCAGAUAACCCGCUAUUGAUGCCAACACUUGAGAUGGUGAAGGCUAUGCAGGGUGGCACGAAUGACUUGAAGGCGUACUUGCUUUCAAAUAGUGCUACCUUGGAGCAGCAUAUACAGCUUCAAACACAUAACCAAAAGGCACCAACAACUCCAAGUGUUGCUCGAACCCGCUCGUUCUCAGAAUCAGGGAGCAAGUCACUGAAGGCUAGUAGGAGAAUGGGCCUUAUUAUCAACAGCAAUAAAACUACCCCUGAAGAUGCCACAAGGUCUCAGUCCAUCCAUGGUAAUGCACAAGAUAUGAUAACUCCAAGCAAACCUGAGCGAAAGCUGCUGCUUCCAAAUGGUGAGAAGGGUGAGAUUUCGAUAUUAUUGGAAAGGAAGGACUCCACGUUCAAUCUUGAUAUCAGUUCUGCUCCUUCCACUUAUACUACUUCUACAGCAAGUAUAUCUCGUUCCACUUCUCCAUCUGGAAUGAAUUCUGCAGCUUCUUUAAGCCGCCCAACGAGCCGGAACCGAAGUCGCUCAAAUACAUUGAAGGACAUAAAUGCUAUGUUGGAGAGCAGUGAGUUAACAGACUCGGAACAUAAGUCAGGGGCUUACUUUCGGCGCUUAUCUACGCUUCAAGAACGACCUGCUGACGAAGCUUACCGAAAUUCGCAAGAGGAGCUCGCAAUCUUGUCACAGAGUGAACAACCACUGAGGCGUUCACAGCCUGUUUCAUCCACACUGGAGAUUUCUCCAAUAAAGAGUGCUUCAAGGAAACCGUCGCUAAAUAUUCAAAACCCAAAUGAUUCAAGUUUCACACAAUCGCAUCAACUUGAAGUUAACAGUGGCCCGGAUUUGGCAAUGGCUUUGAAGGUAGCAAGGAAGUUGUUAUUCUCAUUCAGUGAGGUACAUUCUUCCUUCAAACGAUUUACUGGCUUUUGCUCAGAUAGAAAAGUUGUAUUGAAGGUCGUUCCUGUUUUACACACAACGAAAGGCAACAUUGAUUUGCUCGUGGAAAGCAUUGAAGCUGCUGAAGAUAGUGGUGAUAACUAUGAACCCCUCAUGAAUGCUUUGCAUAGUUGUAUCAAAUCUUUCAAGCAAAUCUUUGAGGUCAUAACGGAUAACCUAGCGUCAUUUGUUGCCAGGAUUGACAUUUGUUUCGUAAGAAUGGUAUAUUUGACAUUAUAUGGAUCAUUCAAUGAAAUGCAGAAUGCCUAUAGGCUUCUUAACCCAUUUGGAUUCCCCAUGAAAGUUCCAUCCGCAAUUGUGAGGAAUCAAUCAGGUUUGACUUUGACAUCUAUGGACCCAAAAUUCAAGCAGGUCCAAUCUGCUGUCACGUCUGAAGAAUUUCUGGCAGCAGCUAUUGAUUCGAACAAUAUCAUGGUUGAAACAGAUCACAUUUCAAUGGAAGAAAUAGAUGAAAAAUUGUACCAAUGCAUUGACCUGGCGACCACAAACGCCCAAAUUGUGUUCAGUGAAUUGACAAAGGCAAUUGGAAAGAGUGCUAUUGCUUCUGCAAAUACGAAUGGGUCUCAAUCGAUAAAUCUGACGGUUUCUACAAAAUUUAAGGAAUUGACUAACGUUUGCAUGACGUCGAUGGAUAUUACAAAGAGGUUAAAAAUAAAGCUUUCAAGUAUUCGCUCAAAUCAAACCCCCUUGGUGAGAAGACUGUUUUGGGAUGAUAUCAAUCUUUUUUUGAAAGCGAUCCUUCAGACAUUUUCUUCAGUGAAGGGAAUAAUGAGAGAUGCGCCUAUCCUUAAUGAAGUGAGACAGUCUAUGGCAUUGUUGACUAAAACGACGAAGGACUUGACAAUCUUGUUAGAGGCUUCAUCCUAUAAGUCAAUGUCUGAGAAUGCGGUCUCUGCAACACAUCUGCAAGCGUCAUUAGUAUCUGCAAUUCUGCCCCCUUCUGCACCUCCAUCUUUGAACUCUGUCCAUUCGACAUCUACUGUUAACUUAUCUCAAUUACCAGGAGCAGCGCUGGUAAGGACGCCACUUGUUGCAACUGUGGGAGCUGCAGCUGCUCAAGCUAUUCUUCCACCAGCUGAUAAUGCGCAUUUCAAUUCUUCUACCAACAAUGCACCAGUCUCGUUCAGCAUCCCCCCUCUGGUGUCUUCUGACGUGCUGAAUACAGGCUUGCAUACCGCACCUGUUCAGUCGAUGGAGCAAUACUAUGCGAAGAAUGUCAAUCCCUUUGAUAGGAUUUAA